GUUCCGGCCCCGCUCGUCGCUUUCCGCCUCCUUCCCUCGGAAGACUUCGUCCGACCAGCCCCACAAUCCCCGCGCCUCGGCAGCCCUGCUGGGCUCGGGCUUUUCCGGCAGCUGUCGAGACCUGCUCGGCUAGUUCCGCCGGCCCCUUGUUGUCGCGGGGGCCAGCGUCUGCCCCCCUCGGCGGGCCCGGCUGGGCUUCGCUGCCCCCCACCGCCCGCUGCUCCGGCUGCCCCCCCGCGGCCCUCGCCAUGGCGGCUUUCGGGAUCCUCAGCUACGAGCACCGGCCCCUCAAGCGGCCGCGUCUGGGGCCUCCCGACGUGUACCCGCAGGACCCCAAGCAGAAGGAGGAUGAGCUGACAGCUCUCAAUGUGAAGCAGGGUUUCAACAACCAGCCGGCUGUCUCUGGGGAUGAGCAUGGCACUGCCAAAAAUGUCAACUUCAAUCCUUCCAAGAUCAGUUCAAACUUUAGCAGCAUCAUUGCUGAGAAGCUGCGCUGCAACACUCUGCCUGACACAGGCCGCCGAAAACCCCAGGUGAACCAGAAGGAUAACUUUUGGCUGGUGACAGCCCGCUCCCAGAGUGCUAUUAACAACUGGUUCAACGAUCUGGCUGGGACCAAGCCCCUCACUCACCUGGCUAAAAAGGUGCCCAUCUUCAGUAAGAAAGAGGAGGUCUUUGGUUACCUAGCAAAGUACACCGUGCCUGUGAUGAGGGCAGCCUGGCUGAUCAAAAUGACCUGUGCCUAUUAUGCAGCCAUCACAGAAACUAAAGUGAAGAAACGGCAUGUCAUCGAUCCAUUCAGUGAGUGGACGCAGAUCAUCACCAAGUUCCUGUGGGAGCAGCUGCAGAAGAUUUCGGACUUCCAUCGGCAGCUGCUGGCACAGGCCUGUGCAUCUCCCUCUAGCCUCAUGCCCCAGGAAGUGGAGUACUCUGUGAAGCAGUGGGACUACAAUGAGAAGUUAGCUAUGUUCAUGUUCCAGGAUGGGAUGCUGGAUAGACACGAGUUCCUGACCUGGGUUCUUGAGUGUUUUGAGAAGAUUCGACCAGGCGAAGAUGAACUCCUGAAGCUGCUUCUUCCCCUUCUGUUGCAGUAUUCCGGUGAGUUCGUGCAGUCAGCCUACUUGUCCAGGCGUCUCGCCUACUUCUGCACCCGCCGCCUUGCCAUACUGCUGGACAGCAUUGGUGGGCAUCCUGCCCACCACCUCACGGCACAGAGCACCCCUGCUCUUCCAUCCACACCCACCCCUCAGCCGGCUGCGGGGAACCCCCCUCCCAGUCCAUUCGGUGACCUGCUGCAUUGCCCACAGCACCGCCCUGUGGUUUAUGGGCUAAGCUGCAUCCUCCAGAGCAUUGUCCUGUGUUGCCCCAGUGCCCUCGUCUGGCAUUACUCCCUAACCGACAGCCGAAUAAAGACUGGCUCCCCACUUGACCACCUGCCCAUCUCCCCCUCCAACCUGCCCAUGCCUGGGGUCAGCGCUGGCUUCAUGCAGCAGGUGAGCAGCAGGGACCGGAAUGAGCAGCAGGUCCGAGCGAGACUCCGGGAGAUCGAGCAGCAGAUCAAGGAGCGGGGCCAGGCAGUGGAGGUGCGCUGGUCCUUUGACAAAUGCCAAGAAGCCACUGCAGGAUUCACAAUAAGCCGUGUGCUGCACACCUUGGAAGUGCUAGAUAGCCACAGCUUCGAGAGAUCAGACUUCAGCAACUCUUUGGAUUCCUUGUACAACAGGAUAUUCGGGGGAGGACCGAGCAAAGACAGCCACGAGAUCUCCCCAGAUGAUGAUGCAGUGGUGGCCCUUCUGUGUGAGUGGGCUGUCAGCCACAAGCGAUCCGGGCGUCACAGGGCAAUGGUUGUGGCCAAGCUGCUGGAGAAGCGAAACUCUGAGAUUGAAGCGGAGAGGUGCGGAGACUCAGAAGUGGUGGACGAGAAAGGCUCCAUCUCCUCAGGUUCCCUCUCGCCAGUCGUUACGCCCGUCUUUCAGGACGUCCUCAUGCAGUUCCUGGACACCCAGGCUCCCGUGCUAACCGACCCCAGCAACGAGAACGAGAGGGUGGAGUUCUUCAACCUGGUCCUGCUGUUCUGUGAGCUGAUCAGGCAUGACGUCUUCUCCCACAACAUGUACAUGUGCACACUGAUCUCCCGCGGGGACCUGGCCAUUGAGCAUGGGCCUCGCCCUCCCUCGCCCUUUGAUGACACAGCCGACGAGCACGACAGGAAGGAGGUGGAAGGGAGCAGCAGCAUGAAGCUGGAGGACACGGGCCUGUCAGAGUGCCAGAUGGACAUUGACCACAACUCCAGCGUGAUUUUUGAUGAUAUGGAGAAGACAGAUUUCUCGAUGUUUUCCCCUCCCAUGCACUGCGAGUCUAAAGCCAGCCCUUCUCCGGAGAAACUGGAUCUUGAGAAGGACAUCAAGCCUCUCCUGAAGGACAGAGUUGCAGAUGGAAUGCUGGCGUCCCUCUAUGACCAGCCUCGGCAUAUCCAGUACUCCAUGCACUUCCCUAUUCCACAGGAGGAGUCAAGCAGCCACGAAUGCAACCAGCGGCUGGUGGUCCUUUUUGGUGUUGGGAAGCAGCGUGAUGAGGCACGGCAUGCCAUCAAGAAGAUAACCAAAGAUAUCCUGAAGGUGUUAAACAGGAAGAGCACAGCAGAGACAGGGGGAGAGGAGGGGCAGAAAAGGAAACGGAACAAGCCAGAGGCCUUCCCGACAGCCGAGGACAUCUUUGCUAAGUUCCAACACCUUUCUCAUUUUGACCAGCACCUUGUCACCUCUCAGGUAUCGCGCAACGUCUUAGAGCAGAUCACCAGCUUUGCCUUAGGGAUGUCCUACCACCUGCCCCUGGUGCAGCACGUCCAGUUCAUCUUCGACCUGAUGGAGUACUCGCUCAACAUCAGUGGGCUCAUCGACUUCGCCAUCCAGCUGCUGAAUGAGCUGAGUGUGGUGGAGGCAGAGCUGCUGCUGAAGUCCUCUAACCUGGUGGGCAGCUACACCACCAGCCUGUGCCUGUGCAUCGUGGCCGUGUUGCGGCACUAUCAUUCCUGCCUUAUCCUGAAUCAGGACCAGAUGGCGCAAGUAUUCGAAGGGUUGUGUGGGGUGGUGAAGCACGGCAUGAACCGCUCCGACGGAUCUUCUGCAGAACGCUGCAUCCUAGCGUACCUCUAUGACCUCUACACUUCCUGCAGCCACCUGAAGAGUAAAUUUGGAGAGCUGUUCAGCGACUUCUGCUCCAAGGUGAAGAACACCAUCUACUGCAACGUGGAGCCAUCCGACUCGAACAUGCUGUGGGAGCCCUUGUUCAUGAUCGACACCAUUGAGAAUCCGUCGGCCCACAACUUCACCUACACCAACCUGGGCAAGAGCCUCACCGACAACCCGGCCAACCGCUACAGCUUUGUGUGCAACGCCCUCAUGCACGUUUGUGUGGGGCACCACGACCCUGAUCGGGUCAACGACAUCGCAAUCCUGUGCGCUGAACUGACGGGCUACUGCAAGUCACUGAGUGCCGAGUGGCUGGGUGUGCUGAAGGCUUUGUGCUGCUCCUCCAACAAUGGGACUUGUGGCUUCAAUGACCUCCUCUGCAAUGUGGACGUGAGUGAUUUGUCUUUCCAUGACUCCCUUGCCACGUUCGUGGCCAUCCUCAUUGCUCGCCAGUGCCUCCUCCUCGAGGACCUGAUCCGCUGUGCUGCCAUCCCUUCGUUGCUCAAUGCUGCUUGCAGCGAGCAGGACUCGGAACCCGGAGCCCGCCUGACCUGCCGGAUUUUGCUCCACCUCUUCAAGACCCCGCAGCUGAACCCCUGCCAGCAGGACAGCAGCAAGCCGUCAGUGGGCAUCCGCUCUUCCUGCGAUCGACACCUGCUGGCUGCAUCCCAGAACCGCAUUGUGGACGGAGCCGUGUUUGCUGUGUUGAAGGCUGUCUUCGUACUGGGGGACGCCGAACUGAAGGGCUCUGGCUUUUCCCAUCCGGCCGGGGUGGAUGAUCUUGUGGAAGAUGACAAGAAGCCUGCAAGCCGGAUGGUCUCCAUAGAGACAGCCAGCCUGGACGUUUAUGCCAAGUACGUCCUGAGGAGCAUCUGUCAGCAGGAGUGGGUGGGUGAGCGGUGCUUGAAAUCCUUGUGUGAAGACAGCAAUGACCUGCAGGAUCCUGUCCUGAGCAGCACCCAGGCCCAAAGGCUGAUGCAACUGAUCUGUUACCCGCAUCGGCUGCUCGACAACGAGGAGGGCGAGAAUCCCCAGCGGCAGAGGAUCAAGCGCAUCUUACAGAACCUGGACCAGUGGACAAUGCGACAGUCGUUGCUUGAGCUGCAGCUCAUGAUCAAGCAGACAGCAAACAACCAGGAAAUGAACUCCCUCCUGGAGAACAUUGCCAAGGCCACCAUCGAAGUGUUCCAGCAGUCAGCUGAGACCAACUCGGCCAGCAACGGCAUCGUCAGCCUUUGCAGCUCCACAAGCUUUGUGCCAGCAAGCACCAAAGCCAAGCCCAUCCUCAGCUCCUUGGAGAGAUCAGGUGUGUGGCUGGUGGCCCCUCUCAUUGCCAAGCUCCCAACUUCUGUGCAAGGCUACGUGUUGAAGGCUGCAGGAGACGAGCUGGAGAAAGGGCAGCAUUUGGGCUCCUCAUCCCGCAAGGAACGGGACCGCCAGAAACAGAAGAGCAUGUCCCUGCUGAGCCAGCAGCCUUUUCUGUCCCUGGUCUUGACCUGCCUGAAAGGCCAGGAUGAGCAGCGUGAAGGCCUCCUCACUUCCUUGUACAGCCAGGUUCAGCAGAUUGUGACCAACUGGCGAGAAGAUCAGUACCAGGAUGACUGCAAAGCGAAGCAGCUGAUGCACGAGGCGCUGAAGCUGAGGCUCAAUCUGGUGGGGGGCAUGUUUGACACGGUGCAGCGCAGCACCCAGCAGACCACAGAAUGGGCUGUGCUCCUCUUGGAUAUCAUCAGCAGUGGCACUGUUGACAUGCAGUCUAACAACGAGCUCUUCACCACAGUGUUGGACAUGCUGAGUGUGCUUAUCAAUGGUACACUAGCGGCAGAUAUGUCCAGCAUCUCACAGGGCAGCAUGGAGGAAAAUAAGCGGGCCUACAUGAACCUGGUCAAGAAACUCCGAAAGGAGCUGGGCGACCGUCAGUCUGACAGCCUGGAGAAGGUGCGGCAGCUGCUGCCCCUGCCCAAGCAGACUCGGGACGUGAUCACCUGCGAGCCUCAGGGCUCCCUCAUUGACACCAAAGGCAACAAGAUCGCUGGCUUUGACUCCAUUUUCAAGAAGGAGGGCCUGCAGGUGUCCACCAAGCAGAAAAUCUCCCCCUGGGACCUCUUUGAAGGCGUGAAGCACUCUGCCCCACUCUCCUGGGGCUGGUUCGGGACGGUGCGGGUGGACCGCAAGGUGUCCCGCUUCGAGGAGCAGCAGAGGCUGCUGCUGUACCACACACACUUAAAGCCGAAGCCCCGGAGCUACUACCUGGAGCCCCUGCCGCUGCCUCCCGAAGAGGAGGAGCCCCCCACCCCAGUCGCCCUAGAGCCGGAGAAGAAGGCUGUUGAGCCGACCAAGGUGGAGAAGACCAGUGCGAAUCCUACCAACUCUGCCACUGAGCCCAAAAAGAAGACCAAGACGAAGAAGAGGCCCCCACCCGCCAACAAGAACGAGGACUACAUGAUGAGCACAGGCCGAGGGGUCUCCUAUGGAAGUGGCAUGCCCACCGACCUCCUACACCAUCAGACGGGGAACCCCAUGUCACGGCUGGCCUACGGGCAGUCUCCAAUGGGCCUCUAUGCCCAGAACCAGCCUCUGCCAGCAGGUGGACCACGGUUAGAUACCUCUUACCGGCCGAUGCGGAUGCCAAUGGGAACACGGGUUCCAAGCCGCCCUCCCUACACUGGAGUCUUGCCCACGAGCAUGGGGGGCAUGAUGGGUAUCGACCCUUCCUACAAGUCGUCCAUCUACAGACAGCAGCAGCCGCCUGGUCCUCAGGGGCAGCUCCUUCGGCAGCAGCUGCAAGCCAAGCUGCAGAGCCAAGGAAUGUUGGGGCAACCACCCGUGCGCCAGAUGGCUCCUGCCCCGGCCUAUGGAUCUGUGCAGCCGUCACAGGGCUACACUCCCUACGUCUCCCACGUUGGCCUCCAGCCUCACCCCUCUCAGUCGAGCGCCAUGGUGCCCCCCACCUACUCCAGCCAGACCUAUCCAAACACGCACCCCGGCUCCAACCCUGCCUUUGUCGACACCGUCAGGCCGAUGCAGAGACCCAGCGGCUAUGUCCACCAGCAGGCACCUGGCUACGGACACGCCCUGAACGCGGCCCAGAGGUUUCCUCAUCAGUCAAUGCAGCAAGCCGCCAUGAUAAGCGGGUUAAACCACAUGAGUGCUCAGGGCGUCCCAUCAGGGAUCCGACCCAGCCAGCUCCUGCCAGACCAGCAGCAGCAGUACCUGCGGCAGCAGCAGCAGCAGCAGCAGCAGAUGCUGAGGCAACAGCAGCAGCAGCAGCAGCAGCCACAGCAGCAGCAACCGCAGCCCCCACCUCAGCAGUCCCAGCAGCAGCCCCAGGUCCCCACAGUCCCCCAGGCCCAGGCCCAAGGGCAGCCUCCCGGUCUGGGGAUCCCUCCUCAGCAGCCUCUGUUCCAGCGGCAAGGCCUCCAGCAGACUCAGCAGCAGCAGCAGACGGCAGCUUUGGUUCGGCAGCUCCAGCAACAGCUUUCCAAUACGCAAACCCAGCAGAACAGCAACCCCUUUGUACGGUACUGAGACCCAGCAAAGAGAGAGGCCUCGCAGUGGACUUGAGGGGGGCUCUGUUUGCUUGGGGCCACCAACGGCUUGCCCCCCACCCCACCGCCCUCUGGGGCGCCUGCUCUGCAG